CAAAAGAACAUCCCACCACACCACGUCGAGAUCAGAGUGAUUGAACGUGUGAGACCAUCGUCGUCCUAAUUUAUCCGGAUGCGCUAAUCGAGCAAACGUCAAGAGCCUCCCAAGAUGCCCUCCAGAGGCACAAAGAUCUCAGACAAGGCCGCCCUCCCCUUCAAGACUUCGAACAAACUAAGGCGGCAAGACCUGCACGUCAAGCAGAAACGAGCACGGGAUGCAUUAAGGCGAGCAGAGCGCUUUGGGCGCAAAAAGGAGGAGGAAAAGGAUCCCAAACUCCGACAAGAGCGAUUACGGCGCAACGUGCCCAUCACCAUAGACAAAAAGCGAGUCUACGAUGAAGUACAGGAAGAACCCGAGAGCGGUGGUCUAGGCCUGGCCUACGACGUGGAAAGGUUAAAGAGAAGGAAACUGGCAGAAGAGCAGGAACUCGUUGUCGACGCAAACGACGAGCAAGACGGUACCGACGAGGCGGAUGACGACGAAGACCACGACUCAAUGCUGGAGGACAGCGACGAGGAAGAAAAGGACGAUAAUGACCUGGAGAAUCUCGAACCAGACGACCUCGACGAAGACCCUCUUCCCUCCAAAACACAACUAUCCUCUUCCACGACACGAAUACAAGAUCGUGCAGCCUCACCAACUCGAUCAACAACCUCAACGAACCUCUCCCUCGCCCCAGCAGCCCUCGCCGCCAAAUUUCCAUCGCUGUUUCUCGCGGCGAAUGCACCUCUGCCUCCAUCGCCGAGAAUCCUGAUAACAACGUCCAUCAACUCGACGCUGCACACUGAAGCCGCCAUUCUGACCUCUUUAUUCCCCAAUUCAAAGUACAUCCGCCGCUCGUCUCAUCGAUACGGCUACAAAUUCUCCGUCCGCGAAAUCUCCUCCUUCGCCACGAACCAGGGGUAUACCGCGGUCAUCGUACUCGAAGAAGACCAGAAACGACCCUCGGGCAUGACAAUAGUCCACUUACCCAUCGGCCCGACAUUCCACUUCUCCAUAUCAAACUGGUACACGAGCAAAUCGAUCCCCGGUCACGGGCGAUCGACGGACCACAUCCCCGAGCUGAUCCUGAACAAUUUCACCACCCCUCUAGGUCUGUUGACGGCGCAUUUGUUUCGGUCUCUCUUCCCCGCGACACCAGACUUGCAGGGCCGUCAGGUUCUCACGCUGCACAAUCAGCGCGACUACAUCUUCCUGCGCCGCCAUCGGUACAUUUUCCGCGACAAGCGUGCGACGGAGAAGUCGGUGGUUGGACCCGAUGGGAAGGAAGUCAAAGGCGUGGAGGAUAUCAGGGCUGGACUACAGGAACUCGGCCCGCGCUUGACAUUGAAGCUAAGGCGUGUGGACAAGGGGAUCCAGCGCCGCAGUGGGCAGGACUGGGAAUGGAAGGCAAGGAUGGAGAAGAAGAGGACUCUGUUCCAGCUCUAGAUGCUCCCAAGGCGAGUUGCGUUCGAGAGCAAGGAGAGAAAGAUAUGGGUUUGGAGUUGACCUGUUCAAAGAGCGUUUGCGUAGCUCAUUCAUGACAAUCUAUGAUAUGAAUACAGGCGACAUUGAGUCGCGCCC